AUGGCUUAUCGUGCAGGUUCUCACUCAGACCACGGACUCCGAGCUGGACACAUAACCCAUCCGAAAGCUCUUACCACACGACAUUCGUACAAUAAAGCAAAAAUGGCCAGCACUCUGACCCGCGUUCUUCCCCGUCUCGUCUCUUCCCUGCACACCACGCCCAUCCUCAGCCGCCCACGCCCUCACACGGCCCUCGCCAGGACCAUCACCAGCUUCCACGGCCUGCAGGGUCUCGCGCAGCCAUGGCGGGUACCGACGGAAGAGGCUCCUGAGCUGGUGGAGAGCGGGGAACUGGCGCUGCACUUGGAGGCCCUCCAGCGCUGGCACGACGAGGCCGAGCUCCUAAGGGAGGUGCGAGUCCUUCCUCCGGGCGUUGACGACCAGAUCAACCUCGAGGCAGAGACUCGAGGCCAAGUCAAGGACCUGAUGGAGAGUCUGAUUGAGGAGGAAAUCCUGGACAUCCGUCGGGGUUGGGUCCUCGCCUCCACCUUUUAAGGCCUUCCGUAAUUCCAUUCCCGACGCCAGGUUCCAUGUCAGUGAA